CAGCUCCAUCGGAGGGGAGAUAUGCUCUAGAGGUUGCUGGAACGUAGGAAAGUCCUCGCAGGCUGCGGCAAAAGCAGAAGUGGAGACCGCCCGUGAGAGCAACCCAGCUGGCUGCUCAAAGAGGAGACUGAAUUGCCUCCCCUCCAUUCCUCCUCCCUGAAGGGGCUUUAUUCGAGCCGAGUGAGGAGCGUCACUGAAGGGGAAAAGAUGACGCAGGGGAAGCUUUCUGUGAACAACAAGCCUGCAAAUCCUGAAGGGCAGCAAGGAAAUGCCGAACGAAAGGAACCCAGUGCCCCCGCAGUGCCACCAACCUAUGAAGAGGCAACCUCAGCAGAAGGGAUGAAAGCGGGGGCCUUUUCUCCCCCCCUGAAUGUCCCUCUCCAUCCCACUUGGGCGUACGUGGAUCCCAGAAACACCGGAUCAGUACAUUUAUAUUGGAAAAACAUUGCCCAAAUUCUUGUUUAUUUUACCAAUAUUACAUGCUACUACAACACCACGUCCGUCCUCCUCUGCCUGGGGAUUACAACUUUGGUUUGCCUUUCCGUCACCCUAUUUAGCUUCCAGACCAAGUAUGACUUUACAUCUUGCCAGGGGGUGCUCUUUGUGAUGCUGAUGGUGCUGCUGUUUAGUGGGAUCAUACUGGCUUUUAUGCUUCCUUUCCAUUACGUGCCAUGGCUCCAGGCCAUUUAUGCUGUUCUGGGUGCAGUUGUAUUUACAAUGUUCCUGGCCUUUGAUACCCAGCUGCUGAUGGGGAACCGUCGCUAUGCUAUGAGUCCAGAGGAAUAUAUUUUUGGAGCCCUCAACAUAUAUCUGGACAUCAUCUACAUAUUUUCUUUCCUCCUUCAGAUCUUUGGAAGCAGUCGGGACUGAGCCUCUAGGCCCUGUGUCUGAUAAAACAGAAAUAUAUUUAGAAAGAGAAAGAGAAAGAGAGAGAUUUAUAAUAAUACAACAAGCAAGAAAGGAGAGAAGGAAAGAGAAGUAACCUCUCUGUCCUUUAGCAAGCUUAAUUGCUUCAAGAGAGCAUUUGCUCACCCACUGGUCUACCUGAGCUCCCGAUGCAGUCGUGUGUGUGUGCGCGCGUGUGUGUGUGUACACUUGUGUGUGUAUUUAUAUACACAUGCUCUUAGGAUAAACCGGUAUAUAUGCUAGGCUUUCCCUUGCUUUCAUAACUGCUUUCAAUAUGUAUACUGAAAUUAGUGUAAUAGAGGAAAGAGCACUUAGGAGAGAGAAAAAAAUACUAUUGAUUUUAACUUAAAACUGAACAAAUGAAGAAACGAAAUAGUCAGAAACUUAAGUUUGCUAUACCCAAAGUGAGCAAGUUGUAAAAACGCCCAAAAUGUAUGUAAAGUUCAUUUUGUUAUUAUGUGAAUUGUUCCAAAUUUCAGAGUUCUGGCGCAAUCCUAGUCUGUAUAUUGUUGUUUCUACUUAGAUCUGCUCCCCCACAGAGAGUUUAGUAGGUUAUAUAUAGUUCUUCUUGGUUAUUUUUUUAGCCAAUUGAAUAACAAGAUUUUAUCUGCUGAAAUUUCUUAGUAUUCUUUCGGGGCCUUCAUUUUGGCUAGAUCAUUUUUAUUUGGCCUACCCAUUUAAUUUCCCGAUUUCUAGCUGAAGAUAUCUUUUUUAAAAAAGAGUUAUUUUGCAGAUUUUUGUUUUGGACCUAAUCUCAGGCUAGCCAAAAAGGGAGAGAAAAGUGAACCUUAUAAAAAAUGAACCAAGAGCAAUGUUGGAGUUGGUUAUGCUCUGGUCCCAACCACUGGUAGAACCACCGUUUGCUUUCCUUGCACAUGUGCUUCUGCUACAUCACGUCUUCCACUUGUCCUUACUCUCUACUUCCACCCAAAUGUUAAGUUCCUUGGGACAUUGGUGGUAGUGCAGAGGAGAUCUUUUCAAGAGCUUAUCAGAGCCCAGAAGAUGACAAGGCAAUCAGCAAAUAAGAGAACCAUCAUCGAUUUGAGCACAUUCUUAUUAUCCCAUUAUUUUGUGAGUGGGUAUUGAGUGGGCUUUAUAGAAGAAAGAGACACCUUUUGGCAGUUUCAUAACAUGUAAAUAACUAAAUCUAAAGAGGAUUUCUGAAAAGGGUUUAUUCAUUCUCUGUAAGAGUCUUCAAUAACUUUGCACUCUCCCCAUAAUAAUCCUUAUGAAGAUGAAGAGACAUAGAUGGGAACCUUAUUUCUCCUACAAGACAUUUUUGUAACCCUGAUCACUUUUAUCCAUUAAAAAGUAUCUUGCUACUUGUCCUGUG